GGGGCGAAGGGGCGGAACCGCAUGCGGACGCACGUACCGCUUCGCUCUCGGGGGCCGACUCAGCGGCGGAAGUGGCGCCGCUGGAAGAUCUUCUUCCGCUCUGAGGAGCUACUGAGGCUGCGGAGCCGGACUGCGGCUGGGGCGGGAAGAGCCGGGGCCGUGGCUGACAUGGAGCAGCCCUGCCACUGAGGCCCCGCCCUCCCCGCCCUGAGGUGGGGGCCCACCAGGAUGAGCAAGCUGGCCCGAGACUUGGAGUGCAGCCUGCCUGCCGUGGCCUCCUUGGGCUCCUCGCUGUCUCACAGCCAGAGCCUCUCCUCGCACCUCCUUCCGCCACCUGAGAAGCGCAGGGCCAUCUCUGAUGUCCGCCGCACCUUCUGUCUCUUUGUCACCUUCGACCUGCUCUUCAUCUCCCUGCUCUGGAUCAUUGAACUGAAUACCAACACAGGCAUCCGCAAGAACUUGGAGCAGGAGAUCAUCCAGUACAACUUCAAAACUUCCUUCUUUGACAUCUUCGUCCUGGCCUUCUUCCGCUUCUCUGGACUGCUCCUGGGCUAUGCCGUGCUGCGGCUUCGGCACUGGUGGGUCAUUGCGGUCACGACGCUGGUGUCCAGUGCAUUCCUCAUUGUCAAGGUCAUCCUCUCUGAGCUGCUCAGCAAAGGGGCAUUUGGCUACCUGCUCCCCAUCGUCUCCUUCGUCCUCGCCUGGUUGGAGACCUGGUUCCUUGACUUCAAAGUCCUACCCCAGGAAGCCGAAGAGGAACGAUGGUAUCUUGCCGCCCAGGCUGCUGUUGCCCAUGGACCCCUGCUGUUCUCCGGUGCGCUGUCCGAGGGACAGUUCUAUUCACCCCCAGAAUCCUUUGCAGGGUCUGACAAUGAAUCAGAUGAAGAAGUUGCUGGAAAGAAAAGUUUCUCUGCUCAGGAGCGGGAGUACAUCCGCCAGGGGAAGGAGGCCACAGCAGUGGUGGACCAGAUCUUGGCCCAGGAAGAGAACUGGAAGUUUGAGAAGAAGAAUGAAUAUGGGGACACCGUGUAUACCAUUGAAGUUCCCUUUCACGGCAAGACGUUCAUCCUGAAGACCUUCCUGCCCUGCCCUGCGGAGCUCGUGUACCAGGAGGUGAUCCUGCAGCCUGAGAGGAUGGUGCUGUGGAACAAGACAGUGACCGCCUGCCAGAUCCUGCAGCGAGUGGAAGACAACACCCUCAUCUCCUAUGACGUGUCUGCAGGGGCUGCGGGCGGCGUGGUCUCCCCAAGGGACUUUGUGAAUGUCCGGCGCAUUGAGCGGCGCAGGGACCGAUACUUGUCAUCAGGGAUCGCCACCGCACACAGUGCCAAGCCCCCGACGCACAAAUAUGUCCGGGGAGAGAAUGGCCCCGGGGGCUUCGUCGUGCUCAAGUCAGCCAGUAACCCCCGUGUCUGCACCUUUGUCUGGAUUCUUAAUACAGAUCUCAAGGGCCGCCUGCCCCGGUACCUCAUCCACCAGAGCCUCGCGGCCACCAUGUUUGAAUUUGCCUUUCACCUGCGACAGCGCAUCAGCGAACUGGGGGCAAGGGCGUGACUGUGCCCCCACCCACCCUGUGGGCCAGGGUCCUGUCGCCACCACUUCCAGAGCCAGAAAGGGGGCCAGUUGGGCUUCCGCUGCCCACAUAGGACCUGGCCCCAGGCUGUCACCCUCCACUGAGCCAUGCAGUGCCUGGAGUCGACUGUCUGAGCAGGCUGUGCGGUGGAGCACUGGACUCUGGGACUCCCCUGGCUGGAGAAAGUGGGGUCUGGCCUGCUGAUGUUUACAUGGUGCCCUGCCUCCUGGAGGAGCAGAUUGCUGUCCCUUGCCUUGCCAGGGCAGGGUCUGGGCUGGGCGCCUGACUUGGCUGGGGAGGGCCAGCGCGGGGGCAGGGCAGGGCAGCCUGUCACCCGUGUGAAGAUGAAGGGAUUCUUCAUCUGCCUGUGCUCUCGUGGGUUUUUUUAGGAUUAUUGAAAGAGUCUAGCCGGGCGCGGUGGCUCAAGCCUGUAAUCCCAGCACUUUGGGAGGCCGAGACGGGCGGAUCACGAUGUUAGGAGAUCGAGACCAUCCUGGCUAAUACGGUGAAACCCCGUCUCUACUAAA